GCACAAAUUAUAGUGUUAUUUUGUGUAUAUACAGCUUUUUACAACGGCAAUGUAGUAUUUAAAAUCAAAUUCUUCUCACCUUAUUGCAGUUCUCUUCCUAAACAUGUGAACUGUGACUUUGAGAAUCAACAGCUGCAUGCUAAAAUACAACUCCAGCAGAGCCCCAGCACAUAAAAGGCUUUGUGGAAUAAAUUAAUACAAAUUUCACUAUGUCAGGUUGAGAUCAAGGAGAAUAGGGCAGAGGCUUAGAAUUUCUAAGGAAAUGGUCUCUUCCCUGGGAGGGUUCCAUUAUUUCAUUUAACCGAUAUUUAUUGAGAACUGAGACCUGUCACUUGGAGGACAAAGUGCCAGCUUUAAUGGAGCUUAAAUUUAAAUGAAUGUGGUUCACGAGCAUAAGACCAGAUUUUUGAAUGAAGAGACUUGUGCAUGAUUGAGAUGUUUUCCAAUCAGGCUCCCAAGUAUUAUUUAAGAUCUUCCUCAAAAGUGGACUCAUUUUAUUUGUGCCUAACUAGACCUUUUUACAGCCUCACCACACCUAAGGGACACGGUUGUGUGUGUGUGUGUGUGUGUGUAGGACAGGGGCAGUAGACAAGGGAGGAAAGAACCACAUCUCUGUCAUCUCUCUUCCACUCUUGUCCUUCUUCCUCCAUCAAAUUGGAAGCCUCGAGUGUUGAGUAUAGAAUUAUUGGAAAUUAGGAAGUUUACUUUAACCUUUUUAUUUUGUAAUUCGGUAAUGCUAUUUCUAUAGAUCAGAGAGCAUCAUUUGGAUAAGUGAAUGGAAUUCAUUUAAAGAUACAGAAAGAAGGAGCAAGAGUGCUCUAGGUAUCUUUUUUGGUAUUAUAUGUUUGCAACACUAGAGAUGUUAUUUUUGUUUCCAUUCAAAUGAUGUGCGGCAGGAAUUAGAGAGGACAAACCCUCAGGUGCAGUGGCCGGUGGGGGUUGUGGUCAACUGUAGGGCACGUGGUCCUUUUGAAGGCACAGCUACUGCUCGACUCCAGGGCUAUGGUCCAGGGUGGGAAUGCAGGCCCCCAGGGGCCCAGAGGGCCAGAUCUUCUGAUGUUUCAAGAGAAAUCAGAAAACUGGAUUUUUAAUGAAUUCCCAGUUUUUAAAUGUUGGAAACUAAUUCCACCAUGUUUACAACAUGAAAGAAGCCAAAGAAAAUAUUCAUUGCACAGGUGGCCAGUUUGCCGUCUCUGAUACAGACCAUCACCAAACCAAUGAGACCAUUUAUAAUGUCUAAUAACAGCCAUGGUCACUUCAGACUGUAAUUCCAAACAUGCAGACUUACUGUGGAUUUGCGCCCUCACGGUGCAGAUGUCACAGUCUUCCCCAUUUUACAUUUGCUCCAUUAGGAGCCUCUAGGGCAGCCCUGUCCAAUGGAACAUUCUGCAGUGAUGAAAAUGUUCUGUGUGUGCUGUCUGAUACAGUAGCCGCUAGCUACGUGGGAUUGCUGAACACUGGAAAUAUGGCUAGUGUGACCAAGGAACUGAAUUUUUAAUUUUAUUUAAUUUUAAUUAAUUGAAACUUAAAUUUAAAUAGCCACAUGUGGCCAGUGGCUACCAAGCCUUGUCUCCUGGUCUCUGCACCUUUCUCAUCCCAACAGAAACCCAACCAAGAGUUACUGAAUUGAACCAAACCAAGAUACGCCUUUGAUCACAAAGUGGAGUAAGGAGAGAAGGGAACAAACCCACCCCAACAUUGGGGGGGCUGUGGGGCAGGGCAAAACUCUAUACCUCUCAAUAGUUGAAACUUAUAAACCAAGCUGACACACCCAAAUAAAAUGCGUGCCUUCCUCCUGCCUGCACGUGUUCCUUCAUAGUGGCCUGGAGAGCCAGGCUCACAUGUGGAGCUCCUAGGGCUUCUGCCCGGGAGCUGUGGCGUGGGGACGAGCUGGCCCCUCUGUCCCCACCCCGGCUCCACCCUGGCCACAAACGACCCCACUAGUGAGCCUGGUCAGAGUGAAACUUCACCUAACUGGAGCUCGAGGACCGUCUUUGGGACCCUUCUGCUGUUCCUGUGCUCUUUGCUCCCUCUUGGCUGUAGCCGCGUCUGACUUUAAGAUGGCUUGCGCAGCUUUGUAGAAUUGCCAUGAGUUCCUGUAUUGAUUGGGUGUAGACCUCCCGUCUGAGACAAGCGCUAUGAUCUGAUUGAUGCCUUUUGGGACCCCACGUAAGUGCCUCCCUCGUUGCCUACAAAUUGAGGGAUAAUCACUUGUCUGUAUGGGCUUGUGCUGAAUUCUUCAGAGGCAAAUUAGAACUGAACUCGGCUGCUGGUUUUAAAGAGUGUUUGAGUUAAACAAGGAAUGGGUACAGAUGUGACUUUGGCCAAAGGUUAAUAGGAGAGUUCACUUCAUUAAGCAGCUUAUUCACCAUCACUAAAUCAUCUUUGACGAUAUGCUUCAGAAGGCUUUUCAUCCUUGGGGCAAUCAUUUAUGCCAAAAGAAUUGGGGAAUGAAAGAUAAAUUAGAGAUUGCUUUUAAUCCAUGUACGAAUCAAUCCAAUGAGUUCCAUGUAAUUAAAGUCAUUAGUUAAAAAAUCAAGUCUCUCAGUGCUUAGGAUGUGUAUCUGGAUUAUCCUCAUCUAAAUAACAUCUUUCAAAUGAUUUACAGAUUCUGGUGUUAAGGUAGACACAAGAGAAAAAAAGUAAUAGUCACACUACACGUGUGCAUAUAUGUACGUGAAAGACUUGAGUGGUUUCAGUUGGAGGAGAGGUUCUGAAGCUUAUUUUGAACAAUUGAUUGAUCGCAUUCUUUUCUGGUUGUCGACAUUUAUGCUGGUGGUGUACCUGUACUGAAAGUCAUUUUGUGACCACUCAGAGAAAGCUGGGGAACUCCACCCUUAUUAUGUCACAGCUCCCUCCUGUGGUGACAAAGAAGAACGGAACAUCAUCCGUGACAGUUGUAUAGAAAUAGUCCCAGGCAUAGAACUGGGAAGAGUAACUGAGAUGGUCUGCCAAGAUUGAGGGCCUCUGGUCAGUUGUCUCUAGAAUUCAGGGUUGUCUCGCAAGUAGUUUCCCUGCCUUCUGCUGAAUGGUUUAGACCCUGCAGAGGACUCUGAUAUGUGAUUGCUGUGCCCUCUCCAAGGGCACCCACGUUUGAUUGCUGUCUCAGUUUCCUCCUUACUAUAUCCACUUUUCAUGGUUAGAAACUAUCUUGUAUGAUUCAUAUCUCGUAAAUGAUGCCAUAAUUGAAAUUAAUGUAAAUAUUUUCCUGCUGAAACGUGUUUUCCCCUCGGUAACUGUUUUCAUAAUACAAAUACUUGGCAAUCUUGGGGUCGUUUUAGGAAGUGAUGGUUUCUUUUUCUCAGUGCGUUGACCUAAUUUCUUCUCUGCCAACAUCAAUUUCAGUCUGUUGAAACAGAAAUCUUUGAAGCAUUAUUGGAAACCAAAAGAUGUCUUUACAUGCUUGAGGAUUCUUAGCCUGAGCAAGUUUGCUUGAGAUUCAAUUUGAAAGCACCCUCUUGCCCGUGCAUUUAUUUCCAAGGGAUUCUGUCUGUAUUGAGCUCUCUUAGCCCUGCUGCCUGAGUUGGCUGCAUCUGUGGGGCUGGGCAGGGGUGGUUGGGUGCCGCUGAACUCAUCCAGCGACAGAGCGAAACAUGGGGACAGUACAGGGAGAUGGGAUUUGGGGUGAAACUGGAGAUGGGAGAAAUAGGGAAAGAUAAGCAGUUCCCAACCCUUCUCUCUGUUCCUUUGAGGGGGUGGACAGGCGUAUUCCGCUGCUAUGGAACAAUUAGGAGUCUGCUUUUCCUCGUUUCCUCUGGAUUCUUGCCGAGGGGAUCAGCAGGGCAGGGUUGUCACAGCGGCCACAGGAAGCUUCCAGUCUCCACUGGCUGCUGCUUUAGAAUGCUGGAUAGACUUUUUACCAAUGCAGGACGAACAUCUUAAAAUACUGAGUAGAUGAAUAAUGAGCACUCUUUGGAGGGACGUAACGGUGUCUUGUUGGGCUUCUCAGAUACCUUUUAAAUAUUUUUUAAAGGUGCAAUAAAGAUUUCAUUAAAAAGAUAAAAUGGAUUUGCCCUAUGCACUACAUUAAAUAGGCUAUUUGUAUGCAUUGGUAAGAGAAUUUCUCUUUCCUUGCACCUUUCCAGGGUCAAAGGGGUGGGGCCAGCUCUCCACUGGGCCUGUUGCCACUGGGUCUGAGACUCUUCCUUGCUGUGGCUGGAUACUGUAGCUGUUAGGGGGUGUGUGGAAGGGUGAGGCCUUGUGGGUUCAAGAGGAAAGGACCAGCAUUUUGGAUGUCCACGGUUUUUAAUGAAAAUAUACAAACUACUGUUUUAUAGAAAAUUCCAAUUUUUUUCUACUUCUCACUCUCCGGAAAUUUCUCACCUUCUUGUUGAUGGUGUCUGGGGCUGGGGAUCAGUGAGGUGGCCGUUAUUCUGCGAUUCAGCGUGUUCUGACAGAAUCAAGCUGAGACGUCUAACAAUUUUGAUUCACACAAGCGUCCAAAGAGUUCUUAACCUCAAUAGAAUCUGGAUUCAGUCAACAGGCAGAUAAUUAUUCGGAAAUCCUUCUUCAUAUUCUCUUGUGGUUUCUGCUAAAUGGUAAUUUAUUUGAGGACAAGUCUAUUUUUCUUGGGGAAAAAUCAUGCCAAUACACUGUAUGAGCAUUUCUCAUCACAGAGAAAGCAAAAUUCUCAUUCUCCUUAGGUUUGUGCAGGGCUCUGACACAAACAUGAGGACGGUCCACACCAAUGUUUGAUGCACCUCCAGCCUUCAGCUUGCCAUUUGGUUCUUUUGGGAGGACCAGAGACGAUGACGCAGACAGGACUGAGGGAGGAGCUGGAGCUCCUGUGUGGAUCCGAGGCGUACAAAGGCCUGGAAGCCUUUAGUGGAUACAGUGAUUUGAGGGAACUGCAAGGAGUUCUCGUGAUGAAAGCAGAUGGUACUCAUAGGGGUGUGGUGGGAGACAAGUCUUUAAGGGGCUCGUUCAUGAAGGACCUCCCAUGCCAUGGUGAGUAGUCUUCAUUUCAUCUUAUAGUCAGUGGCAUGCCAUUCCCAAAUUUUAUAUAGGAGUAACAUAUAUACCGUCUGGUUAGAUGGUAAGCUAAACCUAAAAAUAAAAAAACAAAAUAAAAACAAUGGCAUCCAAGAAGUGUCAGAAGACAGUAUAUGGUUGGAUGUUAAAUGGGUGGGGCAGAGGUGAGUGACAGUCGUGGAACAGAGAGGUUGCUAUGAUCGCAGCCCUCAGGGGCUUCUUGAUGGAGGAAUGGAUGACACUGCACUUUGAAGAACAAGUAGAAGGAAAAGGAGAUACUUCGUUGAUGCCAGAGUGGGGGGUUUCCACUGUUUACAAAGACAAGGUCUAAUGGAAAGAGGAGGGCAAGGCUCUUUGCUGUCACUCUGCAGUCGAUGUCAGCACCUCACCCCGUCUGAGGACAAGUGUCCUUGGGCACAGCGUGGGGAAUGGUUGAAGCGGUCUGGGGGAGUGUCCUAGAGAAAGGACCUAGAGAGGGGGUCAUGAGCGGAGGCUCCUUCCAGCCUGAGGACAAGUGUCUGACAUUCCAGAGCCCGGGAGCAGUCCUUGAAGGGUUUGUGUGAGGUCACUGAGUGUCUAGCACCUGCUGUGUGCGAGCACUGAGGCGCUGAAGUGGGCUCUGCUGUCGCUCCUGGGCCCCUGACUUGCCGGCGAUGCCUGCGUUUCUGUUCUAAAGACCGUUGCCUGUGGGGAGGGAAGAUGUGAGCGGUUCUCUUGACUCUGUUGACUCACAGCCACUUCUUGAUGCUCAGGCCUGAUAAGUGCCGUGGACUCUUCUAAGAAAUCAGAACACUUGGCCCUCAGCAUGCAUUUUAUUCCUUGGGUUGAAUUUGCUCUGAAACAAGUAUUUGGCUUUGCUGCAAGUUAUUCCUGCCCUUUCUAGGCCUAACCAUAUUAGAGGACCUUUCCUUUUUGGUAAGAGGGAAAGCAGUUGUGAAAGGAACCCAACCCAAGCCCAGAACACAUCAGGCUCCAAGAAAAAGGAAAUUUACCAAUGUGUGGGGCUCUGCCAACAUUUCCCACAAUUAUGGAGAUUAAUUCAUCCGGUCAGUAUCCUACAACAGAGUGGAUGCCAUGCUAGGGACACAGAAGUGUACAAAAUGAGUGUGGCAACAGCCCUAGGGGAGUUUACAGUAAGUGGGGAAGGACAGGCGGGUAACCAUAAGGCACUGGAUAGAUGUUUUUGCUUAUAUGCACUGUUAUUUUAAAGGGUCCUGGCCUGAGCUUCCAUUGAGGUCCCGCCUCUGCUGUGUGCUUGUUUGUGAUUGAAUCCUCCUGAGGCAAAAUUUUUAAGCAAUAAAAUGUUGUCAGAACAUAGAAGCAAAGAGCCCAGUAGUUUAAUGUGAUUGAGCAACGCUGGUAGGUUUAAAGUGUCUUAGCAGAAAGGCUCCCAGCACCUGAAGAGCCUCUAGUUUAUUCUUUAAGAUCAGGCUGAGCUCCAGACUCCUCUGAUGAGCAGGAACUUUUCCUCCCACCUGUGUGGGUUUGACAGCGCUCCCCCAGUGGUUUAGUCCAGACCUGGGUCCCGUGUCUUCCUUGGAGCGCUGACCCCACUCAGCAUGGAGCUGUGGUGCCCCUGAGGUGGGUGGGUGGCCUCCCUCCCUCCCUCCCCCGGCUCGGCGGGGUUCUCCUCCCCCACGGGAGCAGCAGCCGUUUCUGGUCAGGUUGGAGGUGUGUGGAAGUCGGCACAGUGCCUGCGUCCCCUGGGUCAGCCUGAGCUGUCACUGUAAUUUCAUCCCAGAAGCAACAAAACCAAACUCCGUUUAAAAGGAAAAGAGAGAGAAACGUAACUGAAUGUAGCAGCACUCAGUGUUUGCUAAAAGGCUACACGCGGGGCCCACGUUUUAAAGAGCAGAUUCCAGGAGAAAUUCUGAGAUUGCAAGCUGCAGCCCUUUCUCUUCCAGCUUGGUUUGGCUGCUUUCCAGAGCCUCCAGGCCAGCAACUGAGGGAUGAAAUGUAAUCAGUGGCGGUACGUUUGCACCACAUGAAGUCUCCUGUGCCUCCGAAGGCUCCGGUGGCUGUGGGCGAGGCACAGCAGCACCAGCCCCCGGCUGCUGGCCCCCGGGACGGGAGACUGGAUCACAAUGUCCCAGCAGAAGUGCAUUGUGAUCUUUGCCCUGGUGUGCUGCUUUGCCAUUCUCGUUGCGUUGAUAUUUUCGGCGGUGGACAUCAUGGGAGAGGAUGAGGAUGGACUCUCAGAGAAAAAUUGUCAAAAUAAAUGUCGAAUUGCCCUGGUGGAAAAUAUUCCUGAAGGCCUUAACUAUUCAGAAAAUGCACCAUUUCACUUAUCACUUUUCCAAGGCUGGAUGAAUUUACUCAACAUGGCCACAAAGUCUGUUGACAUAGUGUCUUCCCAUUGGGAUCUCAACCACAGUCAUCCAUCAGCAUGUCAGGGUCAACGUCUUUUUGAAAAGUUGCUCCAACUGACAUCGCAGGAUAUUGAAAUCAAGCUAGUCAGUGAUGUAACAGCUGAUUCAAAGGUAUUAGAAGCCUUGAAAUUAAAGGGAGCCGAGGUGACCUACAUGAACAUGACCGCGUACAACAAGGGCCGGCUGCAGUCCUCCUUCUGGAUUGUGGACAAACAGCACGUUUACAUUGGCAGCGCUGGUUUGGACUGGCAAUCCCUGGGACAGAUGAAAGAACUCGGUGUCAUCUUCUACAACUGCAGCUGCCUGGUCCUCGACUUGCAGAGGAUAUUCGCUUUAUACAGCUCAUUAAAAUUCAAGAACAGAGUGCCUCUGACCUGGUCCAAGAGGCUCUAUGGGGUCUAUGACAACGAAAAGAAAUUGCAGCUCCAGUUGAACGAGACCAAAUCUCAAGCGUUUGUGUCGAAUUCUCCCAAACUCUUUUGCCCUAAAAACAGAAGCUUUGACAUAGACGCCAUCUACAGCGUGAUAGAUGACGCCAAGCAGUACGUGUACAUCGCGGUCAUGGACUACCUGCCCAUUUCCAGCACGAGCACCAAAAGGACUUACUGGCCAGACCUGGAUGGGAAAAUAAGAGAAGCAUUAGUUUUGCGAAGCGUUAAAGUUCGACUCCUUAUCAGCUUCUGGAAGGAAACUGAUCCCCUUACAUUUAACUUUAUUUCAUCUCUUAAAGCUAUUUGCACUGAAAUAGCCAACUGCAGUUUGAAAGUUAAGUUUUUCGAUCUGGAAAGAGAGAAUGCUUGUGCUACAAAAGAACAAAAGAAUCACAGCUUCCCUAAGUUAAAUCGCAACAAGUACAUGGUGACGGAUGGCGCAGCUUACAUUGGAAAUUUUGACUGGGUGGGGAACGAUUUCACCCAGAAUGCUGGCACAGGCCUUGUCAUCAACCAAGCAGACGUGAGGAACAACGCCAGCAUCAUUAAGCAACUGAAAGAUGUGUUUGAGAGGGACUGGUACUCACCCUACGCCAGAACCUUCCAGCCCACCAAACAGCCAGACUGCUCAAGCCUGUUCAAACUCAGAGCCCCCUCGAACAAAACUGCCACCUCCAACGCAAGUGGGAAGGACCCCGCGAGUGUAUGA